UCUCUGAGCGUGUUGCUCUCCUCGAUCUCUUUCACAACAUCUUGAAUUCAGUCUUUCAGUCUUUCAGUCUUUCUCUUUCUCUUUCUCUCUCUCUCUCUCAUCUCUCUCUCAUCUCUCAACGUCUUCAUCUUCACAUCUCUUCCUCAUCCUCCCUCUUCUUCCAGGCUGUAUCUACCUCGUCCCCAUCCCCCAUCCCCCAUCCCCCAUCCCCGUUACACUCCCCGUUCCACCCAUUCACCUCGCCUCCGCAUCUCCCCGUCCCACCAUCACCCUCCGCCAUUCAUAGGCAUAGCGAUGUCGGCCCCAGUUGCCGACCCCACUGAUCUCGCCACCCCUCCGCCACAAGGUACUCUUUCCCUCCCCAGCAGCAACGGGCGCACCCGCUCCCGUGACGAGUACGACGCAGACAGCGACAGCGAACCCGCUUCGUCACCUCACCCACCAAAGAUGCCUCGCACAGACCAGGAAGACGCAGAGGAGGAGGAAGUUUCCGCGCCCUCCUCGGACCCAACCAUCCUCCGCCUCAUCGAGGAGCUCGAGUGCGGAAUGUGUGCCGGCCUCUAUAUUGAUCCCGUUGCACUCAACGGUUGUGGCCACACUUUCUGUGGCAGCUGUGUCACCCAGUGGAUUGCAUCCAUCCCUCGAUUCCCUCUCGCUCUUCUCCCUGGCGACCCUGUGCCCAACCCCAUCGCGUGCCCCCAGUGUCGCCACGCCCCCAUCCAGACAGCCACGCCGUCACGCAUGGCCAAGACAAUGAGCGACCUCCUUUUGCAGGUGCACCCGGGUGUCGCUCGUCCCGCGAACGAGAUCGUGCAGGCCAGAGCACUGUACAAUCCUAGCGGGUCGAAAAGCGUUCUCAAGUUCCCAACGCCGCCAGCGGCUCCACGCAUGCAAGAGCGGGACUACUGGCGCCCGUGCCGCUGGUGUUACAGCGCGGACAGAGGCUGGAAGUGUCCAGUACCGGUUGCCCGUUUCGAGGUUCCGGAUGAGCGGCCACUUUGCGUGCGUGCCGACGGGGUGCCUCCGGAGGGUCACCGUCUCUGCGCUGGAUGCGAGCGUCUAAGUCCUGCCCACGCACCCACCAGCGCGUCCUGUGGUCUUUGCGGGGAAGGCUAUUGUGGUGACAUUCAAACCAACUGCGACUGCGGUCCCGUUUCGGCCUCGAAGCCGUCUGUUCAGUACAAUGCGUUGUCGGCUAUGCUCGAGGACCUCCCGAGCGACAUGCUCCUGAUGGCGUUCAAGGACAACUGGACCGAGAUGUACAACCUGGGCGUGUAUAUUGCUGCCAACCCCGAGGGCAACAGCACCCCUAACAUCUACAAGGCUAUCAUUGACUGGCUGCGCUCCCCUGAGGGUAUCGACUCGGGCGGCGUGCUUGGCCUCAUGACGCGGGCCGACAUUGGAAUCCGUUUGCGCCAGGGCGCCGCCGACGAGAUGCAGCAGUGCGUCAUGCCAGUCGAGGCAGGCGCAGCCGAGGAGAACAUUUGCAGCAAUUGUGCGGACGAGCUGCUCUGCUCGGGAAUCUUUGAGUGGUGGAUGCGUCAGCUGCAGAAGCCCGAAGUGGCAGAAAAGAUGCCAGCAAACAUCAAAGGUCGCCCCAACUGCAAGUUUGGUCGCAAGUGUGCGCGCCAGGACGUGGACGCUCACUCCAAGAAGUACAACCACAUAUGCGAGGCCCUGCCCGCGGAGGAGGCCGACAAACUUCAUCAGGACGACACGAUGCCUGCUGGAGCUGUGGGCGGCCCGAACGACCCCGCCCCGAGUCGAAGGCAUCGGCGACACCGAGCUGAGGCGGAUACCGACAGUGAAGGUGACGAAAGCGACGGCGGAGACGCCCACCACCGCGACCUGGACCUCAUCCACCACGGCUACCGCUCCAGCUACCGUGGCCACGCCAUCGCAGCCCGCGGUCGCAAUAGCGCACCUGAUCCAUGA